AUGAGAUAUGGUGUAAUGUCGUCGGUUCAUUGUGUGGUGGUAUGGGAAUGGCAAUGCAACGGACAAUGGCUGCCACACUCUCCAGGAGUGGCUCGCACUUUAGAACGAGCGCAUGCUAAGAAACUCACACGAGUAGUGCUUGCAGAUGCUGAUCCUGCACUCAAAGGCCACUAUGUUAACCUUUUAACACUUACCCAGUGCUCAGAUGGAGCAGAUGGAGGACGUGACGGAGGCGAGGGGUGUGGUGUUGGUGGGGCGCAGUGCGCGGUGCGGCGCGCUUGUUACAGCGUGCAGUCGCCGGGCGGGCGCGGCGCGCGCUGGGAGUGGGCCUGGGUGCCAGCGACCGCGCGCCCCUCGCCCGCGCGUCUGCAGUACGACACGCUGCCCAUGCAGAUACAGUGCCUGUUAGAAGAGGCUUGGUCGAGUGGUGUAGAGACGGUAUCGUUCGACGGCUGGGUGGCUUCGCUGUCUCGGAUGACUGCGAGAACAAACAGCUCGUGCGCUACGGCCGCGUUGCGGCUGUUGCGUCGCGUCUCACAGCCUCCGUACCCGCUCACCCCUCACGCUCGCAGACAACCUAUACCACAACAACAUACCGGAUCAAGCGUACAAUCAGUUCAAUCUGUGCAGUCUAAUCAUUCAGUGCAGUCUGUAAACUCAGUGCCUUCAGUUCAUUCAGUGCAAUCAUUAAACUCAGUGCCUUCAGUUCAUUCAGUGCAAUCAUUAAACUCAGUGCCUUCAGUUCAAUCAGUGCAAUCAUUAAACUCAGUGCCUUCAGUUCAAUCAGUGCAAUCAUUAAACUCAGUGCCUUCAGUUCACUCUGUGCAUACAAUAAAUUCAGUACAAUCGGCGCCAGUCGUUCAGUCGAUGCGUCCGCCUUUGUCCCCGCCACCGCAAGCGAACACACGCGAAGUGAGGAAUGGAGCUCGUAGUAUCUCGCCUCGUGAUAGAAAACCAGGCCUCGCACGACAGAUAUUACAUAACCUCAACAUAUUCAGUAAUAACAACAAACCCGCUACAACUGACUCUAGUGCGGAGGAGUCCCGUGACGAGUGCGGUAGUACGCGGUCGGGACGGCGGCACAGCGUGGACACCGUGUCCACCUACCUCAGCCACGAGAGCAAGGACAGUCUGCAGCAAACAGCAGUGGGAGAGUUGUUGAACUGCAGCACGGGUAGUGAUGACGUGUUUGAACCAGCUCAGCCUCCGCUGCUUGAUGACCUUACAAUUUCAGAUGACUUUGAUGAUGAUCUGGAAUCAUCAGAUGAAGAUGAUUGUGAAGAGGUGUCGCGGUGGGAUCACUGUCUGCAUCAGGAUAUCGAGGAGGCGUCAUACACUGAAUGUGGCGUGUGCGGCGAGGGAGGGGGCUGCAGGGAGGUGGGGGCGUGCGGAAGCUGCGCGGGCGGCGAGCAGCCGUGCGGCAGCAUGGCCUGGCGCAGCCAGCCUUCCGGCGGGAUACUCGUCACGUACAAUUUCCAGUCGGGCCGUCAGGGCCCGAGACACCCGGUGCCCGGCGCGCCUUACUACGCGGUGGGGUUUCCGCGACACUCGCUGCUGCCUGAUACUCUUUUAGGCCACCAGGUGCUGGGGCUGCUGCGCGCUGCGUGGGAGCGGCGGCAGCUGUUCACGGUGGCCGCGUCGCGCACCACGGGCCGCGAGCACGUGGUGGCGUGGCGCGUGGCGCCGCCGCGCGGCCCGGCCCGCCGCGAGCUGCUGCGCGCCGCGCGCCGCCUGGCAUGCCUGCUGCGUGGCUGCCGCGCACCGCGCCCGCCAGCGCCGCCCACGUCGCCCGCGCCGCCCGCACCGCCGCGCCCCCCCGCCGCCGCCGCCACAACCAGCAAGGUAACGCUCCCAUUGAGCAGUGGCGCGGCGCGCCCGCCCGCACCACCGCCGCUGCCACUACCAGCAAGGUAA